AUGGCCAAGAAGAAACGACGUUCACCCGCCCAGCGGGGAACCAGUACGAGUCGUCCCAAGCAAAAGCUGACCGCGGUCGAUACGAAGACGCUGCGCGACAUCACCAACCUGGCCGACACCGUGGUGGCUGCCGCCGAGAAGAAGCGCGAUCCGCACGUCGAUAUUCCCACGCGAUCGCUGUCGAACGUUCGCUUCAACAAGAAGAAAAAGUUCAUCGAGAUGGGCUCGGCCAAGAAUCGGCGGCAGUUGUUCAACUUGUCGCAGGCCAAGAGCUACAUGCAAACCAUUCUGGUGGCCAGCGGCUGCAAGCAACUCAUCGACGAGAGCAAGACCACCAGCAUUCGUGGUCUCUACUACCUGUUGAAGCACUCGAUCGAAGGCACCAAAGAAGAGACGUUCGACGAACAGUCGGACUGCGACCCGGUGAUUGAAGACGUGGAGGUGGCGCUCAACGCUCUGCGGGAAGAGUUGCACGUGUAUGCUUCGAACCGCGGUGGGAUGGUGGGCCCCAUCACGCUGAUCGACUCGGGCGAUGAAAUCGAUUGCUCGCGGAUGGGUUCCGGCGGGUACAGCAUCCCGUCGAUCGUCGAGCCGGACAUCAUCCAGUUCAAAAAGAACGACGCCAAGUUUGUCCUGCAUGUCGAAAAAGACACGGUGUGGCGGCGGUUCAACGAAGACAAGUUCUGGAAGACGCACAAUUGCCUGCUCACCCACGGCGGUGGUCAGCCGCCGCGUGGGGUGCGGCGAAUGCUGAACCGUUUGCACUACGAGUUGAAGCUGCCGGUGUACUGCCUGUUGGAUAACGAUCCGUGGGGGUACUACAUCUACAGCGUGGUCAAGCAGGGUUCGAUCAACCUGGCGUUCGAAUCGAAACGGAUGGCCAUUCCCAACGCCAAAUAUCUGGGGCUCCGCUCCAUCGACCUCGAUCGAUGCGAUCUAUCGCCGAGCGUGAAGAUUAAUCUCAGCGAUUCGGACAUAAAGCGAGCUAAGCAGAUCGCCAACUACCCGUGGUUCAAAGAUAAGAAGCCGUGGCAGAAAGAGAUCUCGAAGAUGCUCGACAACGGGUUCAAGCUCGAAGUUGAAGCCUUGAUCAGCAAGAACAUCAGCUACGUUACCGAAGAGUACGUGCCGGCCCGGCUUGAUGCGCAGGAUUGGAGAUGUGCUGUGCCACGACACAUUCACGAGCCCACGCGGGUCACCGCGGCGGGGAAUAAGCCGAAGCUCAUCGAUGAGUACAUUGGGCUGGUCAACUCGAAGACGCCCGAGAUCAGCAUCGCCGUGAUGCGAAGCCCCGGGGGUUGGGUCGAGCCGGGGCAAACGCCUGAGUUCGACGAGUACACCGUGGUGCUCAAGGGCAUGUUGCGGGUGAAGUACCGCGGCGGUGAGUUCGACGUAACCGCCGGGCAGGCCGUGGUCGUUCAUGCGGGCGACUGGGUGCAAUACAGCACGCCCUCGGAUGAAGGUGCUGAAUACUUCGCCGUCUGCGUGCCGGCCUUCGACCCUGAGACGGUCCAUCGCGACGCGGAGUAG